AUGCCAUCACACAGCGAAUCCUCACCCCUCCUCCCCCUCCCCUUCCGCACCGACACACGUGUGCACUACCUCGACAACCUGCGCACCGUCCUCGUGGUCCUCCUCGUCCUGCACCACGCCGCCAUCACCAUCCUCACUCCCUCUCCCGCUCCCUCCACGCCCUCCACCCUCUCCACGCCCUCCACGCUCCCAUCCUACUUCCCCACCGAGCUCGAGCGUACGAUCCUAGCUAUCUUCACCACCACGAACAAGGCGUUCUUAUGGAGCGCGUUCUACCUCGUCUCGGGGUAUGCGAGCGCGCGUGCGAAUGGGAAUGACCAGAAGUUCGUCAGGCACCGGAGCUUGCCGCUUGCGGUGCAUGGGUUGGUGUGGGGGAGUGUGGGUAGGAAGGGUGUGGCGUGGGUUUUGACGGCGAUGGCGGGAGGGAAGGGAGGGCAAGGGAAGGGGGUGUUUGGGACCCGCGAGGAGUUGGAGGUGAUGUUGGUCGGUCCGGCGACUUAUAUUGCGUUUCUAGUCGUGUUGGACUGUGUGUAUGUCGUGCUGCGCGUGAUGGGCGCGCCCCGGCUAACACGCGUCGUCGGGAGCAGGGAUGGGUUUAUCAGCGCGGUUGUUCUGAUGGGUAUAGCGCUCGUGGUGUGCGCGUAUGUUAAUACGAUGCAAGGGGCGAUCGCGCCCCUGCCAUCCUUCCUCUCGGCGCUUGUAUCGGCGUUCGACUACCCACUCCCCGACGCGCCGCUUUCGUGCAUCGUCGCGUAUGCCGUUGGGGUUAAUUGGGGUAGCAUCAAAGACGCUCUACCCGCGACACGAAUUUCGAGGUUCCUAUUCCCUUUCACGCUCGUCGCGUCGUACGCUUUCCUCUCGCUCGCAUCCACGCUCUCAAACUCCAUCUCCCAAUACAUCCAACCCGAUCCAGCCACAUUCCCCAUUACUCGCCGCCCAUUCCCAAACGCGGGCCCGAACAUGCACACAUUCGCGUUCGUCCUAUGGGACGCGCUCACCUCCUUGAUCCUCCCUUUCACCCUCCUCUGGUGCUUCUCCGCCACCUCCCUCCUCCGGCGGUCAUGGGCCGUGAGGGGGAUGGGAAGUUGGAGGAAGGGGUACGUCCUUACUUAUGUGCAUAUGAUCCCUGUGCUGGUGUUGCGGUGGGCGCUUGAGAGGGUGCGGGAGGAGAUGGGGGUGGAGGUGAAGAGCGCCGUGGUGAGGGCGGUGGUUGUUGGAGGGUUGGCGCCGGUGCUGGUGUGGGUUGUGGUGAGGGGUUUGGAGGUGGUAGUUACGGCGGUUAGGAACUUGAGGCGGUGA